UUUUUUUUUUUUUUUUUUUGGUAUAAGCAACGCAUGAUAACUUAAAUAUUCAUCAUAUACAAUUGUUUUCGUCUAACAUUAACAUAAACAUCUGGAACAAGCACACUUGUAUUCUAAAUGCGCAACUAGUUUUGUUUUAAUUGUAACAUUAAAAAACUUUUUUUAUAUUUUAGACAGUAAUGCAGUUUCAUAUCUUGCGAUUAUUGCAGAAAAGAAAUGUAUUUUUUGUCAAUUUCACUACAUUAUUUCCUUGCCAGUGAAAACAUGCCAAUCAAUCAGUGAAGUGUAAACAAAAGAAAUGUAAAGGGGAAGGAAUAUGUUGCGAUCCAAAAGACUGAAUGGUCUAAACUGGUUUGAGCUCUGCUGAUAACAUUUUUAUUUGUUGACAUAUUUAUUCGCGGCCUUCGAUUACAUUUGUUUUGUUGAGUGGAAAAUUCUUUCGCUGCCGAUUUGGUUAUGUAUAUGUAAAGGAAGAUUAUUUUACGUGAAAAAAAAAUCAUUUGGAUAACCAAACAAUAUUCUUUCAAACCUUAUUUAUCAGGCAUAUCUUGGCGCACUUCUUUGUAUAUGACUUAUCGUCCUUUUUAUGUUUUCGCUAUUUUGUAAUUCUAAACAUUUAUUACAGAAGUUAAAAUUUGUGAAACUUCCUUAUUUUUGCUUGCGGACGACUGUAAGAGUUAAUGUGAAAAUUGAAAAAUACACAGUUUGCUUUACGACAAGAAUGUGCUCGAUACAUUGGUUCAUUCUUCCUAUGAGUUUGAAUAUAAAAUAAUUUUCGAAAUUCGAGGGUGAAUUGAAAUACAUCAACAGUUUAGUUCACAAUGAAAAUAUUCCGCGUAUUAACUGAACAUAUAUUAUUUUUGAACAUGUAUUUCAGUUAAGAUACAGAAGAUUCCAGUAUGGAUAGAAAAGAGAUAAACAGUGUAAGGAUUUACAGGAUAGUGCUAUGGUGUUGCAUUUUUGGUAUAUUUGAAUGCAUUGAAAUCAAAGUUAAGAAAGGCAACUCGGCUGAGUUCGAGCUCCCAGGGAUUAAGUCUUGCGGUCAGUACUCGCUGCUCAGUCCAGCUCUUCGUCCAGUCGUCGUGGUAGAGGGCAACAAUUCUACAAAUAUCAUUGCUCCAUAUGAUAAAAGAGCCUCUAUAGCUGAGACAAGGGAUGGUUUCAAACUUACAUUGAAACAUUUAGCAGAGACGGACGCCGGGAAGUAUAAAGUGACGUCAUCAUCUGUGAACUUAGCCCCGCCCUGCGUUAUUGAAUCUUUUUACGUCACAGUUUUAGAACCACAUGACGUGCAUAUGGAGCCCUGGGAAGAGUGGUCAUUUUGUAUCAGUCAGUGCAGCCCACAUAGACAUAGGUCAAGGUCAAGGAAAUGCAGUGUUAAAGGAGCUUGUGAUGACAUGGGACCUACAUUUCAAACAGAAACAUGCGAUAAUGCAGCACACUGCCCAAAAUGGUCCAGUUGGGGAGGUUGGGGAGCAUGCAGCGCAAAAUGUGGGAAAGGAUUUAAAAUCAGGAAGAGGGCGUGUCUAAGUGGAAAAUCCUCACUCGUCCGGAGCUCUGAAUGCCGUGGAAUAUCCACUCAAUCACACAUGUGUCUGACUGUUUGUGAAGUUGUCGGUACAUGGACGCAGUGGUCAGCGUGGUCAAACUGUACCGCAUCAUGUGGAAAUGACGUCAUAGCACGUGGUACAAGAACACGCGAAAGAUCGUGUUCAACAGAUAGCAGACAACGUUUUGUGACACAGAACUGCAUAGGAGACCGGACGGAAGAUGAAACUUGUAGUUCAGAGUGUACCACCCCGACUCCGUCAGAAAACAGCACAGAAGCGGUCCACAUACUAGGUGUAGCAGACGACAAUUCUGGGACGACCUUUAGCAUAAUCCCUGUGGUUGCUGGAUCGGCUUGUGCUUUGAUUGUUAUUGUUAUUUUGAUCAUCUUGAUUGUACUUAAGACUCGAGUUCAAAGGAGAAGAGACAGUGUGCCAACACUUAGACCAUCUGAUGCGGCGAGCAACCGGAGAAAGAAAGUGUCUAAGGAACGCCGGUCAGGCACACCAUGCAAUGCUGUUGAAACAGGAACCGGAAACGUGUACUCUGAACUGAAUUCCAGUUUCUGCUAUUCGUCGUCUGAAUUUGACUCAGUUUAUUCUGUAGACAAUCCUGGUUUCCCCAAGUCAUCUGCUAUUAACGUCAUGGAAACAAUUAAAGAUGAUGAAGGCGAGGAAGAAGUAUCAGACGGCUAUGACAGCGAGUUUGAUGACAAUCCAGAAGUCACAGGGAGAUCAACAAUAUGUGAAAGAAAGGAGAUCAUUUACGAAAAAUCCAGAGCUUCGUGCCAAAGAACAAAUUCUGAAGAAGAUAAGGUAAAUUACGGUGAUAAUAAAUCAAUGGAGUCAGAAGACUUUGUCGUCACCGAGAAUGAAUGUUACGAACCUCCUGAAUUGUGGAGUAACGAUGACGUCAUACAUAGCUUUGGAACUAAUACAUGCCACGAUGACGUAACACAUGCUAAUGAGAUAGAAAGUAUAUAUUAUGAACCUCCAGUCGAAAACGAGGAAGAUGAUGCUAGUAAACGGGCAGAGAUGAAAAGACAAGAAAGUGAAAUGACCGAAGAAUCAGUGUAUGAAAAUUGUGAAGCAAGUAGGGGAACAAUUAAAACUUCAAAACAAAUGCAUGCUGUAGAAAAUAACGACGAUUAUUAUGAGAUUCCAGAGAACACUAAAUCUAUUUCUACAAAGGAAUCUAAUACAAAUAUCACUGAAGAAACUGAAAUGGACAUUCCAAAGUUUACACAAGUUAAUAUGAGAAAUGGUAGCAUAGUAACAAUUGAUGAAAGAUAUCCACAUCUUUCUAAAGAAGAUUUAGACAGUGAACAUACUUAUGUAAAUGAAAAAAUACCUGAUGACGAAAAACACUUUUAUGUUACACCGAAGUAUUCAUACGGGAUAGGAAUGCAGGAAAAUAAAAGAGAUAGCAAGGAACACAUAUAUGACAUUCCUAAAUUUGGAAAAUAAUUGUGACAUAAAUUCUGAUCGUAUUUUAUCAUUAGCAUUAGGGACUUUUUGACGAUCUUACGAAUUUAAUUAUGUAUUUCUAUUUCUAAUAUUUCUAAACUGCAAUGGAUGGCCGAAUUAUUAAUAGAUGUUGUAUGCAUGCUAUCUAAGUAAGCGUGCGAGUGUAUGAACUAUUUUUAUAAUGUGUACAAAAUGACAUGCUUCGACGUCAUCAAUAUUUAAACGAUCUAUUUAUUUCAUUUCAUUUUAUUGUAAACUUGUUACUUUUUAGCU